UCUCCCUCCGUCGCGCCAUCACCACCACCAUUCUCGUCAGCUCGGACACCACAGUCGCCUUCUCUUCUUCCUCUUUUUAUUCCUCGCCUUCCUUUUCUCGUUCCUCGGUUUACUUCUCUUGAUCCUGUUGUUUAUCUUUCUCUUUUACUUGUCUCCUCUUUCUUGGACUCGCUUUCGUUGUUUUUUCCAUCGCUUUCGUCUUGUUCAUUUUUUAUCCUCGUUCGUCUUUGUCGUUUUCCUCUCUUUAUUCUUGUUCUUCCUCAUCUUCCUACUCCUUCUCUGUCAUUUAUAUUUCCUCUUCUGUUCUCCCUCCGAGCCCCCUGUGGUUUUGUGAGGCCCGACCAUGCGAGGGGCGUCGCUCCCUUACGCCGUCGUGGUCGCGGGCGUCGUAGCGGUGGCCGAGGGGCUGUUCGGCAUCCCGGAGUUCCUGGAGCUCGGAGGCUGCGCCAAUGUGACGCUCAUGGAAGACUUUGAUCCCGUUAAGUACCAAGGGCUGUGGUUCGACGUCGCCAGCGUACCCAACGAAUACCAGGUGACGAAGCAAUGUAUUAGUCAGAACUAUACGUGGACAGGCAACGAAAUGCGUGUGCUGGGCAGAGGCCUGUCCGCAGACGGGAUGAAGGUGCGCCAGGGCAUGUACAUGGUGCCGGAGGAGGUAGAUGGCCCUGCAGAUCCAGCUCAUAUGACUGUUUAUAUGGAUGGGAUGCCGGAGUCGCCCUACGAGGUCAUCUCCACGGACUACACCACUUACUCAUGCGUUUACUCAUGCCUCGAGUACUUCGGCUUUAGGGCUGAGUUCUUCUGGUUAUUCAGCCGGACGCCGUGGGUCUCUAGCUGGGCCAGAGAGACGUGCCAACAAGACCUCGAAGACAUGGGUAUCGAUCACACCAAAAUGCUCGAUAUCCUACAGGGAGAGACAUGCCCCUACAACAGCAGACUGGACGCCAUUCUGGAGGAGAAUCGAAAGUUCAUGAUGCAGAACAUGGGCGGUCGGAUCCCUGUGGCCACCGCCCCCAGCCCGACAGAUUUCAGUAGAGCAGACGAGAGAGGAAGGGCAGCUAAUGAAGAGCCAAUCUCACCAAGGAAAACGACAGGGGUCAACAGCGCUCCAAAAGACGAGGACCCAGGAACAGACCCAGCCGUCACGGGCGCCGCAGAAACCCCAACUGCCACGAGGCUCUUGUGUCUGCUGGCUCUUAGCGUGGCUCUCCUGCCCGUCGUGGCUCGAUAACCCUCAUUUCACAGCACAGGGAGUGGGGUCGAGGACAGGGAGUAGGGGUCGAGGACAGGG